AUGCGUCUAACACCCCUCAUCCCCCUCACUCUUCCCCUCACUCUCGCCGCCGCAAACACGCUCAACGUCACAGUCCUCGGCGCCAAAGACAACCGCUCCACUCUCGAAUGCUGGGCUCUCGAGCCGGGUUUCCAGACGUCCAACCAGGCCGGCACGUCUGGCACUGAAGCGUUGAACCUGGGGCCUAUCGGGGGUGCUCAUGCGGCGAACGCGACGUACUCGGUUAUCCCAGCCGGCUUUGACGGGGGCAGACAUAAUGCGCCUGCACAGCAAUGGGUCGUCUUCCUCUCAGGCCUGGCGCACAUCACCAUACCCAAUUCCACGGCUGAAGCCUGGAUUCUUGGUGGCAAGCAUGGAACUAUUCUGGCGCUGGAUACUGCGGACGUGAGUACGGUGGGCCAUGUCACGAAGUACCCCUCGCAGGAGCAGACGGUUUCUUUGCAGCUUCCAUUGGGCGAUGCGGGUGUGCCAGGGCAUGUGGUGUUACAUAGUGGUGCUUGUCGGGGGAGUGAGAUGCUUACUGAAAGUGCU